CCCUGCCCGGCCACGAGGGCGGGACUACAAGCCCCAGGGUGCCCCGGGCCGGGCGGGGCGGCGCUUCGCGCAGCAUGGCCGGGUUCGCCGACCUGAACGUGCCGCAGGGCCCGGACAAGAAGGGGCUGCAGAGCCUGCUGGAGGCUGCGGCUCGCCUGGGAUAUUCUGCAGUUGCUCUUAAUCAUGUCGUCGAUUUUAAAGAAAAGAAACAGGAAAUUGCCAAGCCAGUAUCUCCGUCAGAGUUGUUUCCAUCUUUACCUGUUGUACAAGGGACAUCUAAACAACUCAAAGUCUUAACCCGUCUGACCCUUGUUGUUUCUGAUCCUUCCCACUGUAAUCUCUUGAGAUCAACGUCUUCAAAUAUAAGGUUAUAUGACAUCAUAGCGGUAUUUCCAAAGACUGAGAAACUGUUCCACAUCGCUUGCACAACUCUAGACGUGGAUCUAGUAUGCAUAAAUGUAACAGAAAAGCUGCCGUUCUACUUCCGAAGGCCCCCUGUGAAUAUGGCAAUAGAUCGAGGCAUUUACUUUGAACUUCUUUACACGCCUGCCAUCAAAGACUCCACAAUGAGAAGAUACACAAUUUCAAAUGCGAUCAGCCUGAUGCAGAUCUGCAAAGGAAAGAACAUCAUCAUAUCUAGUGCAGCUGAAAGGCCUCUGGAACUACGAGGUCCUUACGACGUGGCAAAUCUAGGUCUGCUGUUUGGCCUGUCAGAAAGCGAAGCCAAGGCAGCUGUGUCUACCAACUGCAGAGCCACCAUACUUCAUGGAGAAACUCGGAAGAGUGCCUGUGGGGUGGUGUACACGGUGAAGAAGCUUCGCAAGGUUGAGGAGGAAGAAACCCUGCCAGCCUGCAAAAAGGCUAAGACUCAAGCUUGAGGACUGAGCCAGUUGUCAACAGGAACUUCCAUCCCGUCUUUAGCCAGUGCUAAAUCUUCCCCCGCCCUCCAGCCAGCUCAGUUCCUCACUUGGUAAUUUAUUUAGCCCAGAGAGCUAUUCUUCUGGUGUAAAGUGAGGAAUGGGAUUGCCGUGAGUAGUUCACCACAUCUCUUGCUGGGCUUCUGGCCAAGGUCAGGAGGGCAUCUCUCCAACCUGUUCUAGGUCUUCUGGAGUCAGCGCAAACUUGACAGAACGUUUCAAGCAUAGAGAAACUUUCUAUUGUACAACUGUGCUCUUUUUUUAAUAAAAAAUGUUUUAAAGAACGCAUGCCUUUAAAGUUUGGCUCCUACAGUUUUCAGAUUUUGAAACAUGUCUCUGUAUUAAUUUUUACAACUACAAGUCAGUAAAGUUUAACGGCUGGCCUGAGAGGAUAAUUGUGCAGUAAAAAAUGAUCUGCUUUCCUUUCUGUUUUGUGACCUACAACUCUAAAGAAGAUGCUAGCAUCUCUCACUUGGUAGGAGAUAUGUUAAGUUGGAAUUACAAUAGCACUGACUGACCUGACCUGUUGGACACAGCUCCUACAGGCCAUUCCUGUCCCAAAGCACACGAAACUGAACACGUCAGACAGUUGCUGCAGAUGGGAAGGAAGAGCCCAAGGUUAUGCUGAACGUGUGCUCAGUGUGGUACGCUGCAGUUGCAGUGUUACAGCUACUCACCUAGGCCUGAGCAGUCUCCACAUUACAUAAAUGUUACUGCAUCAUGUCCCUUUUUCCAUGUCCUGGUCUGGCAGUGUUGCCUCAGUGUUCAUUUUGCUGCCUUUCUGUUUUCCUUCCUGUUACUGCUUCAGUAAAUCUAAUCUGGCUGCCAAAAAAGCAGUCAUAACAGAUUUGUAAUCCAUGGAGCCUUUUCAGAUUUCUCCCAAAGUUUUUUCUUUUGACUAAAUCAAUAUUAAAAAAAAAAUGUAAGGUACUGUACUUAAGAUACCCUUGAGCCAGCUUUACUCCAAAUAUUCCAGUUCUCCAUUUGUAUCUGACAACUAGCUGAGAAGUGCAAGCUGUAGCAUGUAAAAUACUGCAGAAAUCUUGCAGUGGAUUAUCUCUGAGCUCUCGGUAACUGCACUAAGCAGAAUGAGAACAAAGUUCUCAGUAGGCUAACAGUUCCAUCAAAUGCUGACGGGAGUCACAACAGCUUUUGCUUCAUUGAACAAAUAAUUACAUAUUUUUUCCUUUGUUUUUAUUUUGCUUGUUGACUUUGUGAUAUGAGUGCUUCAUUACUGGAAUUGAGAUGUAAUAUAUAUAGUGGUUUGUCAUUUAUGCUCUUGCCUCCAAAAUGAAGCUCUAACCAAACAAUCAGUGGAAAUGUGCCUGUUAGUGCAACUUUCUGUGUUAUAUGUUAUUGUGCCUUGGUGAGGGAAUAACAAACCUUGAGCAUGAUGAGAGAAGUUGUUUGGUGACUAGCAUAUGGAAGGAGGCUUUUGAACGAUGAAGAUAUCCUACUUGUUACUUGUUUGACCUCCUAAAAAAAAAAAAAAAUAAUAAUUACUCCCUGCAUCUUUGCAUGCAUCAUUUUAAGUAGGUACAGUGCUUCAGGAACUGUUUUGUUUUUUUUUUUUUCUUCUCUUUCCUGGAGUAUUGUUCUGUCCCCUCUGGUGCCUGAACAAUUGAUCUGCUUAUGAAGUUAUGAAGAUAAACAAAAAGAGUAGCCAGCACUGAUGUCACUUCUGUUUCCUGCAAGGUAUGUUCCCAAUGUCCGGGUAAUUGUGCAGAAACAAGAAGUGAAGCUGCUUGCGGAGAGGGACAGCAAGUGCAGACAUGCUGUGGUUCUUACAGAAAAAAUCAUCUUCACAAAUAAAGCCUACAGCUGGCAAGGUGACACUGACAAGUUACAGUGCUUGUGUGAGAGAAGUCUUGUCUGUUUAAAACUGCAGCUUCUGUCUAAGAUAGCUGGUUGCAGAUAGAAUAAGCAUUUCUUCUCCUUGUUCCUCUGUGGGGUUUCUGUAAAUUCAUUUCAUGUCUGAAAUUGAUGCUCCAGUAAUAAAUACUUAUUGCUGCCCA